AUGAAAAGCAUUUAUUUUAGCAAUACAAAUAAAAAGUCAAUAAUACUCAAGUCUAAUAAGAAAAAACUUAAUUGGAUACCUCCUAAGUCACCUUAUAAUUUAAUUCAAGAACUUUUAUAUCAUGAUCCUUGGAAGCUUUUGAUAUGUACUAUAUUUCUUCAAAAAUCUAAUGGCAAAUCAGCUAUUCCAAUAUUUUGGGAAUUCAUUAAACGUUGGAACACACCUGAAGCUUUAAUCGAUGAAAAAGAAGAAGAAAUUGAAAAAUUAAUUAAACCCCUUGGACUACAAAAAAAAAGGGCUUUUAUGUUAAAAAAAUUUUCAAAGGAGUAUCUUUACAAAGCAUGGAAAUAUCCGAUUGAAUUGCAUGGAAUAGGAAAAUAUGGAAAUGACUCUUACAGAAUAUUUUGUGUUAACGAAUGGAAACAUGUGCAACCCAAUGAUACAAAACUCACUUUGUAUCAUAAUUGGUUGCAAGAAAAUCACAAUUCAUUAAAUUUGAUCGAUUAA